AUGUUCAGAAAUCAAUACGACAAUGAUGUCACCGUCUGGAGCCCACAGGGCCGGAUCCAUCAGAUCGAGUAUGCGAUGGAGGCGGUGAAGCAGGGGUCAGCCACCGUAGGUCUGAAGUCCACCACACAUGCAGUCCUAGUGGCUCUAAAGAGAGCUCAGUCAGAGCUGGCAGCUCAUCAGAAGAAGAUUCUUCAUGUGGACAAUCAUGUGGGGAUCUCCAUCGCAGGACUGACGGCAGAUGCACGACUGCUGUGUAACUUCAUGCGUCAGGAGUGUUUGGAUUCCCACUUUGUGUUCGACCGUCCUCUGCCCACGUCCAGACUUGUGUCUCUGAUCGGGACCAAGACACAGAUCCCCACACAGAGGUACGGACGGCGACCAUACGGUGUGGGACUUCUGAUUGCAGGAUAUGAUGACAUGGGUCCUCACAUCUUCCAGACGUGUCCUUCAGCAAACUACUUUGACUGUAAAGCCAUGAGCAUCGGAGCCCGAUCCCAGAGCGCACGCACGUAUCUGGAGCGCUGCAUGGACAAGUUCAACGAGUGUAACUUAAACGAACUGGUCCAACACGGACUGAGAGCUCUGAGAGAAACUCUCCCAGCAGAACAGGACCUGACCAUUAAGAACGUCUCCAUCGGGAUUGUCGGGAAAGACAUGGAGUUUACCAUUUAUGACGACGACGACGUGGCACCGUUUUUAGAAGGACUGGAAGAGCGCCCCCAGAGGAAGGUGGCUCCGGCUGCAGAAGAGGCGGCCCCUGAAGUCCCAGAGCCCAUGGAGCAUUAG